UGUGUGUGCGUGUGAGAGAGAGAGAGAGAGAGAGAGAGAGAGAGAGAGAAAGAGAGAGCGAGAGCGCGGUCGGCUCUGUGUAAACAGGCUGUCAGAAAAGAAAGUGCAGGGACGUUUCUACACGCCGCUGCAGCUGACGGAGAGAGCCGCGCAACCUACAGGAGGAUAAUCACGAGAGGAGAGGAGAGUUUAAUUAAUUCAUGCUGGAGAGAUGUUGUGCUGCCUCUGAGUGAAAAGGCUCCAGUGCUGCGUGUGCACCUCUGCCUGUAGCUUUGUGCUCAUGUUUAUCUGCCAGCGACAGGAUCCGCCAGUGCUCUGACCAUUGGAGAACCUCAUGGUACCAUUAUCAUCACCUGGCUGAACGGAGGUCAUUGUGGGUCAUAGGUCAUUCAUUCAGCCUUGCUGUGAUCUUUGUGUGAACAUCCCUGCCGUGCAAAUCACAGCCCCGACCUGUCACACCUCGUCCGUUUCACCUUGACUCUGCACUCAUCUUCUCAUCUCCCCGUCCCUACGCUUCCCCACUCCGGUGCCACCUCUUUCACCAUCUGCUCACAGAAGGAGCUGGGAUGACGCCAAACCUGCUUACCUCCAUAUCCUACCUCAACCAGGGCUAAUCAUCAUCAUCAUCUCCACACACCCCCUCACACACACUCCAGCCGGCGAGAUGGGCGACGGGAGCUGGGUGUGUCUGAGCCCAUCCGAGUUCUCCCAACUGCAGCAAUACAGCGAAUAUUCAUCUAAGAAGCUGAAAGAUGUUUUGGAGGAGUUUCAUGGAAAUGGUGUGCUCUCUAAGUACAACCCUGAGCAGAAGCAAGACGUUCUCAACCAACCUAUCGACUACGAGGGCUUCCAGCUCUUCAUGACCACCUAUCUAGAGAAUGACAUCCCAGAGGAACUGUGCCAGCACCUCUUCACCUCAUUCAAGAGCAAGACCAGCGGAGGCGGCUCCCCUGAUGCCCCCCGCGCCGGAGCCACGCUGCUAGGGAUGAAUGGAAAGAGUAUUCUCAGUGCUAUGGGCAGACAUACUCCGGAGCACUCUGCAGGGAUAACUCCAGGCUCAGGUGCCACCACCUCCCCGUGCUCCUCCCGCUCCUCCUCCCAGCGCUCAGGCACGGGGGGACAUACGCCCGGGGCUCCUCAUCGCUCGCCCUGCACACAGCCCAAAGCACCAGUGGCCAGCAGCAGCAGCAACGCCCUGGCUCCAUCCAAAACCACCAACUCUCCAAGACUCUCCCCAGAGCAAAAUCGGUCAGAAAAGGGAGUGUCUCUGAGGAGAAGUCCAUCCCCUCAGAAGAGUUCUGCACUUUCCUUGCCACAGGUGGUCUUCCUGAAGGACAUUGUGUGCUACCUGUCACUGCUGGAGCGAGGGACCCCAGAGGAUAAGCUAGAGUUCAUGUUCCGGCUGUACGACACAGAUGGCAAUGGCCUGCUGGACAGCUCAGAACUUGACCGCAUUAUCAAUCAGAUGGUCCAUGUAGCAGAAUACCUGGAAUGGGAUUCAACAGAGCUGCGGCCGAUCCUGAAGGAGAUGAUGGAGGAGAUCGACUAUGACCGGGAUGGAACAGUCACACUAGAGGAGUGGAUUAGAGGAGGCAUGACAACCAUACCUCUACUGGUACUGCUGGGCAUGGAGACGAAUGUACAAGAAGAUGGGCAGCAUGUUUGGAGACUGAAGCACUUCAACAAGCCAGCGUACUGUAACUACUGUCAAACAAUGCUGUUAGGAGUGCGGAAACAAGGCCUUUGCUGCUCACUAUGCAAGUACACAGUCCAUGAGCGCUGUGUGUCCAAAGACAUUGCUGCCUGCAUCAGCACCUAUGCCAAGUCCCGCAGACACACCAACGCUAUGCAGCAUGUAUGGAUGGAGGGCAACUCGCCAACCAAGUGUGACCGAUGUCACCGCGGUAUCAAGUGCUAUCAGGGCCUUACUGGACUUCAUUGUGUUUGGUGUCAAAUUACUCUUCAUAACAAGUGUGCAUCUAAUGUGAAGCCGGAGUGUGAUGGUGGAGCACUGAAGGACCACACCCUCCUGCCUUCUUACAUCUGCCCUGUCGUACUGGAUCGUCACUCUGUAGUAAAAAGAGGAGAAGGCGAGUCGUCCCCCAGCACCAGUCCCGAUGACUCCAGCCAGUGCUUCAAAUUCACGGGAGAUGGCCAAGCACUGCAGAUCACCCCUCUCCCUGGGACACAUCCUCUGCUGGUGUUGGUAAACCCUAAGAGCGGUGGUCGGCAGGGUGAAAGGGUGUUGCGGAAGUUCCAGUACCUACUUAACCCCAGACAGGUGUACAGUCUGGAGCGUGGAGGACCCACAGUAGGACUCAACUUUUUCCGUGACGUGCCUGAUUUCCGAGUAUUGGCCUGUGGAGGGGAUGGAACGGUGGGCUGGAUUUUGGAUUGCAUUGAUAAAGCAAAUUUUGCCCGUCAUCCCCCUGUCGCCAUCUUGCCGCUGGGCACUGGGAAUGACCUAGCACGCUGCCUUCGCUGGGGUGGAGGCUAUGAGGGAGGCAGUCUUCUCAAGUUCCUCAGGGACAUCGAGCACAGCACUGAAGUGGUGCUGGACCGCUGGAACAUAGACAUCGUCCCUGACGAUAAAGAGGAGAAGGGAGACCCUGUGCCCUACAGCAUAGUCAACAACUACUUCUCCAUUGGAGUGGAUGCAUCGAUAGCUCACAGAUUCCACUUGAUGAGAGAGAAACAUCCUGAAAAGUUUAACAGCAGGAUGAAAAACAAGCUCUGGUACUUUGAAUUUGGCACUACAGAGACCAUCUCAGCCACUUGUAAGAAGCUAAAUGAGAGCAUUGAAGUGGAGUGUGAUGGCAUCAUCCUGGACCUCAGCAGCACAUCUCUGGAGGGCAUCGCUGUGCUUAAUAUCCCAAGCAUGCAUGGCGGAUCCAACCUGUGGGGUGAGACCAAAAAGAGACGCAACUACAACCGCAUGAGCAAGAAAGUACCAGAGAGGAUGCCUGCUAGCACCGUCACUGAUGCCAAGGAGCUCAAAUUCUGCGUACAAGACCUGAGUGACCAGCUCCUAGAAGUGGUGGGCUUAGAAGGGGCCAUAGAGAUGGGCCAGAUCUACACAGGCCUGAAGAGUGCUGGUCGACGUCUUGCCCAGUGUGCCAGCGUCACUAUCAGGACAUCCAGACUGCUGCCUAUGCAGAUUGAUGGGGAGCCAUGGAUGCAGCCUCCAUGCACGAUACGAAUUACACACAAGAAUCAGGUGCCCAUGCUGCUGGGACCUCCACAGAAAACACCCUUCUUCUUCCUCAAAAAGCGCAACAGAAGUCGGGACUAGACCAAUCACCCCCCCUGCCACAAACACACACAAAACAUAUCUUCACCAUCCUCAGCCCUGCUAUCUGCUCAGGGUGGUGGAGAUGGAUAUCUGGCUGGACAACUAGUACAAAAGUCCAAUUCUUUGGUGACUUACGGAUGGGGAAAAAAAACUUUUAACUCUAUCUUGCAUGGACAAAGGACUCCAACUUCCAUAGUAGCCUAACAUUCAGAGGCUGCAGUGACUGAAUGAACCAACUCAGUGUCUUGACCAGUUCCUGUGUAUUUAAAUCUCUCUGAUAUUCCUAUCACAGGCUCUGCAGCCUGUAAGCUAUGUCCCAUUCCUACCAGGACACCCCACCAGUAGGCCACUGCCUUUGUAUCACACUUUGGCCUCUCACUUCUCAUGAGUAGGUUCAUCAGAUGAUACUGACUGAGAAGCAGAGGGGAUGAUAUAGGAAGGAGCUGAGAAAGAAUAAACUACAGUGCUCAGGAACAUCAUCAAAAAUGUCACCAAAGUAAGGUGAAAAUGGGACAGAGAGUGCUACAUUCAGGGUAGACAGCCAGAGAAAGAAAGUCACCCUGUCAUGAAAUUGUCCUCAAAGUGGGAGCGGGUGGUGCACACUGAGACGUCACUGGGCCCAAGCUUGGCCUGGCAGGACCAGGGAACAAACUAUCCUUCUGAAGGAGUCUGCUGAAUAAUAGAUCAGUGCAUGCAAAGCACUCACUCCAGUGCCUCUCCAAGGCCCCACAACACACCACCACUUAAAGAGACGAAACAGCAAGCUCAUCUAUUAUAAAGUGGGUUGUUUAUGGCCAGUGGGCUGGUGGGGGUAGGUAGGCUUGGGCUUACAAGCUGAGAGAUGCACACCUCCAGCCCUACUGUUUGCUUCUAGCUUAUCUGGUGUCCGCCCUCAGGCUGAUGUCCAUGGGUUACUAGUGUCAGUUUUGUAAAACGACACAGAUGGCUAGUGGCUUGGGUUGCUCUUAGUAUGCCAGACACAGUUAAGAGAAUAAACUAAGAAGGUGCCAACUGAAGUAAUUACUUACAUUAUAUGUAUGUAUGUGUAAACGUAACUACCAAUUUCAAGCAGUAUCUUUCCUAUGAAAUGCUUUUCCUAAUUAUAGCAUGAAAAUAUCAGAUCCUAAGUUUGAGUCCAAAGGCAAAGAGUUUUGAAAACCCCUAACUGGUCAAUGCAGGGAAAAGAAUCUACGUUGCCGUGUAUAUAUUCUGAGGGGCGGGCACCAUAUGCUGUGAAGUAAACAUUUUUUUAACCUUUCUAAUGUAGCCCUUGGAGAUGAUAUCAUUGUUAGACUAAAGAUGCCUACCAUCAUGUAUAUAAAUACACAGUAGUUGUAUAUUCUGAGAGGCUUCUUGUGUGCAUACAUAUGAAUGUGUUUGAUAACUUGCAGAGAAUUGUAAUAUAGCAUCAGAGACUGGCAAUCUUAUCUAAUAAGUGACAUGAAUGGCAGAUAUAAGCAAAUGUCACCAGUAGAGAUCAGCACUCUGUGAUCAUCAGAUACAUUGGCAGUGUGCUGCAUUCAGAACGGAGAUGGUAGAACCACUGCACCCUGGUUUGAAAUUAUAUAACGUUCACUGUUUUACAGAUCUGGGUUUAGGUUUAUUUUUCAGCUUGAGAUAAUUUAACUUCAGAUUUGAACUUUUCAAGGUCAACUAUGAUUGUACAGUGGAGGCUAACUCUCCUUAAAGCACGCAGAACACAAUUCUCUUAAUGGGGCAGGCUGGUGUGCUCUGCCUCUGGUUCCCUUUAAAGAACACUGAACCGCAAAUGCUGUAUCAAGGUCCUAUAAAGCGCAAAUCUGUCUAGAUGACCACAGGAUCUGACAUUUGUACAUUGCAUUGGUCACCUCCUGUCAAUCAGUCACAUGUUAAUGAAUUUCACUAGGUUUCUGUGGUCAUCAGACAGUUAUCUUUUAUGGCUCUUUGGUACUUCUUGACAGGCGGUUUGGUUAAAAGAGUGCAUGUUUACAAUUUCUUUUCAUUUUACAGUUUAGACUGAUUUUAAACAGUUGUGUAUAUAUAGAUAUUUGUUUAUAUUUUAUCUAAAGUUAUACCACCGCAUGCCUGCUGAAGCAAAGAAGACAAAGGUGUCUGCUUGAAGAGAGACCAUGCUGAUUGUUGCAACCCUACCAGUUUCUCCACAUCAUAUUUCUGGACCUUAUCUAACUUUUGCUUAAUGGUCAUAGCCCGCUGUAUUUAUUCGUUGUAUUUUUCUCAUAAUAUAGGUUCGUAGCAUGUUCAUAGUAAAAGUACCUCUGUGGCUGUUCUUUGUUAAGUACUCUGUAGAGAACGGUUUGGCACUAAGAUAAAUGUAUCAACAGGGAACUGAAGUAUGUCUCUGGCAUUCUACCCACAGGAAAUGUCAUCCGUGAUAUAUUCCAUUGUCACCUUCUCUGUUGUUUCUGUCAAUGUAAAUGACUGAUGGCCUUAAACAACAAAUACAGAAUAGCAUUUUGCCUGGAGCAGCACACAUGCAAUACAAACUGAGAAGUCAACCAAAAAAAGGAAGCAAAAUAAGUGGAAAUCUUAUAACUCUUCUACUGUGUUGCACAAAUAGGUAUUUGUUGCCAUUAGCCUCAUCAUCCCAGCCUUCUCUGUAUAGAAGGAGCAGGAUAGCCAUCGUCACCCUCUGUGCAGGACCUGACAAUAUUGACACAUCGUCAAAAGUUAACUAUCACUUUAUGUGUGCAAAAAUUUCUCUUGCGAAUCUUCAUUUAUCAAGGUUUAAUACUACUGUCUUAUGUCUCUCCAUACCAGAAAAUGAUGCGAUAUAAUCUCAAAAAACAUGCUGCUUCUUUGCUCAUAUCUUAGGACCCAGAGGAAACUGAAUUUCUGGACAACGUGGUCUUUUAACAGUGACGGUGAAAUAUCCGUAUCAAUAAAUAAUCUCUUUUCUUUUCUGCAUUGCUCUGAUUUUGACCUUGCCUGUAAAUCAGACAGAGGUGGCAUGGUUUAGCCCAAUGUAGCCCUAUUCUUAGCUGAGGCAGAUAAACAGUAUUAAAUGACACAGAUGCAGUAAAGCCCAUGUCAUCCCUCAGUGUGAUAUUCUACAUGUAUGUGUAAGCCCAUGUUGAGUUAAUGUGGUUUGUAGCACUCCAUCUGUGUGUCAACAAGGGUCAAGGGCACAGUGCAAAACCCUGUGGACUGAGCUCCCACUAAAGAGGAAGGAUUGAUUGCCCCUUCUCCUGACCCUCUUAUCCUCUGUCCUCCCCAUUGCUAUCGUUAGUUGUAGGCAUCCAUGUUGAUGGACAAAAGAUUUAUUGAAUAAAAGGAGAGGUUGAGAACUGA